AUCCCUAGUUUGUUUAUGUUUACAACACGCUGCAAAUAUACUGAAAAUUGAAAAUUUCUUCAAUGGAUACUGAGAAAGCGUCAGAAGUACGAUUACCGCAAAAGCGGUAUUAUCGACAACGUGCACAUAGUAAUCCUAUCUCCGAUCACAGCUUCAACUACCCUGCUCAUCCAAAUGAACUGAUUGAUGGUACAGCUGAGAAUCAUGAAAGUUGGAAUGAACUUUAUCCUAAUAUUGGAGACAGAAAAUGUGAAUUUGCUGACCUCGGUUGUGGUUAUGGAGGAUUUUUGAUAAGUUUAGGAGAAACUUUUCCAGAUAAGAUUUCAAUUGGAAUGGAAAUUCGUGUGAAAGUAUCAAACUAUGUGCAAGAUAGAAUUGAAGCGUUACGAGCACUUAAUCCUGGAAAAUACAACAAUGUUGCUUGUGUUCGAACUAACUCGAUGAAAUAUCUCACCAACUACUUUCAUAAAGGACAACUAAGCAAAAUGUUCUUUCUGUAUCCUGAUCCACAUUUUAAGAAAUCGAAGCAUAAAUGGCGAAUUAUUAAUCCAUCACUGUUGAGUGAAUAUGCUUACGUUUUAAGAAAAGGAGGGCUUCUUUAUACCGUAACUGAUGUCAAUGAUCUUCACCAAUGGAUGACGCAACAUCUUUCUAAUCAUUUGAGUUUUGAAAGAUUAACACUUGAAGAGGAAAAGGCUGACAUUCUUUAUGAUAAACUCUUAAAUAGAAGCGAAGAAGCCCAAAAAGUUGAAAGAAAUCACGGUGAAAAGUUUCUUGCUAUUUUCAAACGUGUGUGAAAUCAAAAGAAAUUUAAAAUAAAUUAAUGAAUUUAAAAUUAUCUCGUGCUAGAUUUUCUAGAAG